CAAAGGAAAACAAAAAAAACCCUAGAAGCUGCACCACGCCACAAUUUGUUGAGUUGUGAAAAUGGUAUUGGGGCUACAACAUGUGGUAAUUAAGAGGGGGCAAGAACAUAAAACUUUGAAAGUAGGUUCUAUCGUGUGGAUAACUGAAACUUUAACUCCAUAUGGUCGUGUGGAUGGGUACUACUUUGGAUCUGUAACGAAGCCUGACUACAUUGUGAGGCUGUUUCCAGAUUUCCAAUUCCCUUUGGAUGAUCCACAUGUCUCGUUCUUGAAAGAAUUUGCAGAGCAUAUUGAUGAAGAGGAUCUGUACAAGAGAUUUCAUGAUCCAUUAAGUCAAGAGUUUGACUUCUUUGACGAAGAAAAAGAAGAAGUUAUUGACUGCGACAGUACAACAACAAAGAUGAGUAGUGAAGAAGAAAACAGUAACAAGAUGGUUCCAGGAAUGACUUUAAUUUAUCAACAUUUGAGGAGCAGGGCACAAGGAUCAACGGGCCAGAACUACUUCCACCAACCUGAGACUUAUCAGCAGAACCAAUUUGGUAUUGGGCCCAAUCUAGUCCCAAGUCAACAAAUCCAAAUUGGCGUUGUUCCCCACCUAGUCCCAAGUCUAGCUCCAGUGAUGCCAAUGAUGAACAACCAGCUCCUUGAUUCCAGGAGCAGACAGAACCUUGGGCACAAGGAUCAACAAUGUUUGCAGGUGUUUCACCCUGGGUCAUCUUCAUACCGUGGCAGAGGAGCUCAACACUCUUCCAGAGGACGUGGAAGUGAGAGGUCGAUGCUAAAGUAUAAUCACCCUAUGUGACAUGGUUAUUUUGAACCCUAUUUCAUUCUUUAUUCUCGCUUUGGCAGUUUAUAAGCUACCAUUUUUCGUAGAACUUGCCCCAAAUAUUCUUAUUGACUUUUUUUUCUUAAAGCUAGAAAACUGUGGUUUUUAGAGGACAAUAUUGGUUUUUAUUAUCACAAGAAGUCAAAACUCAAAAAUGUCUUAUUCGUAAACUACUCAAUAUAAAAAAAAUAUCCAGAUUCUUUUGGAUUGGCUUAUUUGGUAAAUGAUUCAAUAUCUUUUAAAAAUGUCAGAUUCGUUUGGAUUUGCUUAUUUAGUAAAUGAUUCAAUAUAUUUAAAAAAAGUCAGAUUCUUUUGAAUUAGCUGAGUAAGCUUGUGACGUGAUCGCCCUUUAUGCGUUAGUCUUCAGUCUUUAAAUGAUCUUCGUUAGCUCUCUGGUGUUAACAUACCAAACAAAAAUGGCUAAAACCAGGUCUUGUUUCGUCUACGCUAUUAUAGUGAUUGCCCAUUUAUGUAACUGUGAAGCUGUCUUGUCUGAGAAAGACCAGGACAAGGUCUGGAAUUUGCCUGGUCAAAAUUUCAAUGUAAACUUUGCUCACUAUUCUGGUUUCGUUACGACGAAUGAGAAAAUGGGAAGAGCGCUCUUCUACUGGCUCUUUGAAGCUGCUGAAGAUCCUGCGUCUAAGCCUCUCGUUCUCUGGCUCAAUGGAGGACCAGGAUGUUCAUCGGUUGGAUUUGGCGAGGCAGAAGAGAUAGGGCCAUUUCACAUUAAGUCUGAUGGGAAGACUCUUUACCUUAAUCAACAUUCUUGGAACCAAGCUGCGAAUAUUUUGUUCCUUGAUGCACCGGUUGGAGUUGGUUAUUCAUACUCAAACACCUCGUCUGAUUUGCUUACAAAUGGUGAUAAGAGAACUGCACAAGACUCACUAACAUUUUUACUGAAAUGGGUUGAGCGAUAUCCGGAGUACAAAGGAAGAGAGUUUUAUAUAGUUGGGGAGAGCUAUGCAGGUCAUUACAUUCCUCAGCUGAGUCAAGCCAUUGUAAAACAUAACCAAGCUUCUGGUGAAAACACCAUUAAUCUGAAAGGUUACAUGGUAGGAAAUGGGCUUAUGGAUGAUAUUCAGGAUAGGCUCGGUCUUUUCCAAUAUAUGUGGUCGUUGGGGUUUAUCUCCGACCAAACAUACACCUUACUGAAACUUAAGUGUGCUUCGGAACCAUUUAUGAUACCAUUUAUUUACGCCUCUGAAGCGUGUAAAAAGGUUCUAAAGAUAGCCGACAAGGAAAUGGGUAACAUAGACCGUUACAGUGUCUUUACACCGGCCUGUGUUACAAAUUCUUCCCAGUCAAGUAUGUUGCUAAAUAAAAAAAGACCAUUUGUAAGUGAUCUUAGCCGCGUGUAUGAUCCUUGCACGAAGAAACACUCCAAAGUGUAUUUCAAUCUUCCAAAAGUUCAAAAAGCCCUCCAUGUCCCACCAAAAGUUGCACCAUCCAAAUGGGAUACUUGCAGUAAAGUCGUGGGUGAACACUGGAAAGAUAGUCCUUCCUCGGUUCUAGACAUUUACCACGAGCUUAUAGCUGCCGGGCUACGGAUUUGGGUUUUCAGUGGAGAUGCAGAUGCUAUUGUACCAGUCACAUCAACCCGGUACAGCAUAAAUGCUCUAAACCUUAGUACAAUUAGUCCCUAUGGCCCUUGGUACAUAGACGGACAGGUGGGAGGGUGGAGUCAGCAGUAUGCAGGUCUAAACUUUGUGAUUGUGAGAGGAUCAGGGCAUGAAGUUGCUUUGCACAGACCAAAGGAGGCUCUUGCACUCUUCAAGGCUUUUAUAUCUGGAACUCCAUUGACUCAUGACGAGUUCUGAUAUGAUUAAAACAUGUUAAUGUUGGAUUCUAUUAAGUUUGUACCAUUUUAUGAGAAGUCAUACCAUCCAUUUCCCAGUCCAUACAUAAUUCAAGAAAACACAUUUUGUGUUUCUGAAAAGUAUGUAAGAACUCGUUAAAGAGUAUAAUACUUGGGGUAAGAAAUAGAAAUUGAACUUACUUGCAUCA